UAGGUUAUAUUUUCAAAAAUAAUGCCUACCGUUUUGGCAUAUUCAAGCGGUCCAUCCACGGUCACACUGGUUGAGACGAGUCAAGAGGAAUUUGCAGCGUAAAAGUCGAAUUUCAAGUAGCCCCUGAACCAUGCGUCUAUCCUCGAUCCUGAAUGGCCAGCACUUUGGCAACCUGGCCAAGGUGCACGGCAUCGUCACCUACAAACUGUCGCCUUUCGAGCAGCGCGCCUUCGCCGGAGCGAUCAGCAAGGGCCUGCCCAACAUGGUGCGUCGUUUCCGCUCCAACGUCUUCAUCGUAACCCCCCCCUUCAUCCUGGGAUACCUGAUCUACGAUCUGACCGAGCGCAAGCACACCGCCCUGCUGCGCAAGAACCCCGCUGACUACGCGAACGACGAAUAAUCGCCUCAACUAGCAAAUAGUUAUGUUAAACUAAUUAAUAAAACUAAACCCACAGUUCAAGAGA